CCUGACACAAGAGGAGAUAUUUUGCCUCGCCUUCUCCUGGAGACUGCCUUACCUGUCGAAGCAUCUCAGACAUGCAGGAAGAAGGGACAUACAACUCACUCCAGUGGGAUAAUCCAACACCAAGCCCUUACCAGAAACAUCUGUCUUCCACCAAAUGUGCAGGAACAUGGUGUCUUCUGGUGGUGAUUUCAUGUAUUUUCUGCGUGGGCUCAGUAACAACCUCUGUUUUCCUGGGCAUCAAGUUGUUCCAGGUGUCCACUAUUGCAAUGAAGCAGCAAGAAAAACUCAUCCAUCAGGAGAGAACAAUGUGGAAUUUCACACGAUGGCAGAAAAACCAUAACCUUCAGAUGAAAUACUGUCAAACCUUGAUGCAAAACUCCUUCGUUUCAGCCCAUAACUGCAGCCCUUGUCCAAACAACUGGAUUCAGAAUGGUGGAAGUUGCUACCAUGUCUUUGAAAACUGGAAAAUCUGGCACACCAGUAAAGAGGACUGUUUGAAGGAGGGCUCUAAUCUUCUACAAAUAGACAGCAAAGAAGAAAUGGACUUUAUCACUGGCAGCCUGAGGAAGAUCAAAAGUGGCUAUGAUUACUGGGUGGGACUGUCUCAGGAUGGUCUCAGCAGAUCGUGGCUUUGGCAAGAUGGCUCCGCUCCUCCCCCUGACCUGUCACCAGUAAAGACACUCCAAUCAACUAACCAGCUUUGCGGAUAUCUCAAGGACAAGUCCCUGUCUUCCGCUAACUGCAGCAUUUGGAAAUAUUUUAUCUGUGAGAAGUAUGCAUUAUGAUCCUCUACCUGAACAAAAUUGCACUUGAAGAGAUCUAUUGCAAGAGUGUGCUGAUCAGGCCAUUGGAAAACCUGCCACAAAAUUCCAAGGGGCAAGUGAAGUAUGCCGAUGUGUGGGCUAUGAAACUACCUACCUGGGACUCAAAACCUAUCUCUGCAUUUACACUUGGCAAUUUCCUUCAAUGCUUUCCAGACCUUCAUUUGACAUUGUGUAAAUUGCCAAGAAUAAAAGUGACUUCGAGCUACUGAGGACAAAAUCCCGAAACGCUGAGAACAAACUGAAGAAAAAACAUGUUCUUGUGCUUUUGUUUCCCCCCCUAAUCUAGAGUGACUAUAAAUUCCACACAAAAAUCUAUAAGCCCCUGGGGGGAUGAUGCGUUUCUAGCUGGCUGAUUUUUUUAUAUAUAUAAAUAAAUAAAUGUAGGCUUUUAA